AGAAGGACGGCUUCCGCUACUCAGCUUCAGGAGGAAAGUCGUCAUUCAGAAGACAGUGCUAAAGAGCUCUUUUACAAAACUCUGGCAGGUGAAAGGGUUAGGUAUGGGAGUCCGAGACCACCGUAAUACGCACACGGACGGUAAACACGUCACAAUUUUGCCGAUCUAGUUUCCUCUACUCUUGGUGUGUGGGCCUCUCGGCCCAAUGGUAGCGCGCUUCUGAGCGGUACCAGAGUGCACUGCGGCAAAAUGGCCGCCCCCAGACGGUACUGCGCUGGGUUCGCUCGGGCUUUGUUAGGGGCCCGGCAGGUGGGUCGGCUUGCCAGGAAGGGGUGCGUCGCUCUGCCCGGCUCGCUUCUAGGUAGCCAGGUGCGGUGCGUGUCCUGUGCCGUGGGCGCCGCUUUCUCAAGUCCCCUCCUGGCCUCGGCAUCUCGUCGUUAUGGUCAGGACUCCGCCUUGGAGCGUUUCCUUGGAUUCCCUCAGCCUGACAGUGCAUUGGCGCCGAGCGUCCCCGCGGUGUCGGUGCACAGAGAUGAGCAGAAUCUGCUGUUGGCCCAUGCUCCUGACAUGCCUGAGAAUCCACGGGUCCUCCGAGUAGUCAUCCUGGGAGCCCCAAAUGCAGGGAAGUCGACACUCUCCAACCAGCUGCUGGGCCGGAAAGUGUUUCCUGUCUCAAAGAAGGUUCACACCACUCGAUGUCAAGCCCUGGGGGUCAUCACAGAGAAGGAGGCUCAGGUGGUUCUGCUUGACACACCUGGCAUCAUCAGUCCUACUAAACAGAAGAGGCACCAUCUGGAACUCUCUUUGUUGGAAGAUCCAUGGAAGAGCAUGGAAUCUGCUGAUCUUGUUGUAGUUCUUGUGGAUGCGUCAGACAAGUGGACCAGGAGCCAGCUGAGCCCCCAGGUGCUGCAGUGUUUGAGCCAGUUCUCCCAGGUCCCAAGCAUCCUCGUCUUAAACAAAGUAGAUUGCUUGAAGCAGAAGUCCGUGCUCCUGGAGCUGACAGCAGCCCUCACUGAAGGUGUAGUCAAUGGCAAGAAGCUCAAUAUCAAGCCGGCCUUGCACUCGCACGCUGGCACCCACAGCCCCAGCCCUGCAAAGACGGACCCAGAUGUGCACUCAGUGAGAAACCCUCAGAGAAUUGGCUGGCCCUCCUUCCAGGAGAUCUUCAUGUUAUCAGCACUAAAUAACAAGGAUGUGAGCACAUUAAAGCAAUACCUUCUGGCACAAGCCCAGCCAGGACCCUGGGAGUUCCACAGUGGAGUCCUCACUAGCCAGACACCUGAAGAGAUCUGUGCUAAUAAGGUCCGAGAGAAACUCCUAGAGUACCUGCCUGAGGAGGUGCCCUACAGUGUACAGCAGAAGACAGUGAUAUGGGAGGAAGGACCAAGUGGGGAGCUAGUGAUCCAACAGAACCUUCUGGUGUCCAAAGAAUCUCAUAUGCGGAUCCUGAUUGGUCAGAAGGGCCUCUUGAUCUCCCAGAUUGCACAGGAGGUGGGCCGAGACCUCAUGGACAUCUUCCUCUGUGACGUCCACAUCCGCCUCUCCGUGAAGCUUCUCAAAUGACCGUCCUCUUUCUACUUGCAGGGCAUCCCUGCUCAAGCUGCUGGCAGAGUCACUGACUAGAAUUAGCCCUGUCAAAGGGGCCCUGCAGGACCCAGAAGGGCCAUGGACCCUGACUGGCUGCUAGCUAGCCUGGCCUGUGGAGUCUGCUCAGUGCCCAGCCAACCAUGUUUUCUACUGGAGGAAAGAAGGGCCUUAGUUCAGUUCUCAGGUAGUCCUCUGCCUAGGGUCUCAGCUAUGUAGGUCUGAGAAGUCUGUCCUGGUGUGAAUAGCAUCACCCCACCCCUGCUAGCAUUGAACCCAGACUCUUGUUGCCCUGAGUUUCCAGUUGUUGGUAGAAGUUCUCCCCCACACAAGUUCCUCACCUUGAAAUUGGUAAGGGCCUGUGUCUGUGUUUCCUUUUAGACAGGGUUCUUACUACACAACUCAGGCUAGCUGCUGGGGCUAGCCCUAGACUAGGCCAGCUUUGAGCUCACAGAGAUCCUGUCUGCCUCUUGAGUGCUGGGAUUAAAGAUGUACCACCACAUCCAAUUGAACCUGUGUUUCUUAAAUGAGAUAAUGCCAACCACCUGUUCUCCCAAGUCCUGAUCCCACGGACCCCAUCCUGCACCCAGCCUUGGAUGGUAAUAAAGUUAAAUGACAAGUGUUCUUA